AUGUCACGACCCACAUCGGCUUCCCCGCCAACCUUCUGGCAGUUAAUCACGGAGGCGCGUACGCAGUAUUCGCGGAAUUUCCACUUAUCAUGGCUCGGCUUUUGGACUGCUUCCUGUCGUGGUUCGCCUUCUCGCCUCUCGUCCCGAGCGGUCAAGUCCGACUUGAAGCUGUCUACCGCCAAGUUGGUACGUAACUCGAACAUCGUCUCAUUAUGCUCGACGCUCCUUGUGCGCCUGAUCGUGGGACCGCUCGUUGACCGGUAUGGCCCUCGCAAGGUCAUGGCUGGCCUCCUCGUCCUAGGUGCGAUCCCCUCGGGGCUCGCGGGCACGAUCUCGAACGCCUCGGGUCUGUAUGUCGUCCGCUUCUUCAUAGGUAUCCUCGGCGGGACGUUCGUUCCGUGUCAAGCCUGGACGUCUGCGUUCUUCGACAAGCGUGUCGUUGGCCGCGCAAAUGCCAUUGCGGGCGGGUGGGGCAACAGCGGCGGCGGGUUCACGUUCAUCAUCAUGCUCGCCGUCUACGACCGGCUCAUCCGCGACGGUCUGGCGAAGCAUGUCGCCUGGCGAGCAUCUUUCGCAAUCGUGCCCGUGCCCGUUCUCCUGACCGUCGCGGCGCUCACACUCAUUUUCGGCACGGACCAUCCUAAUGGCAAGUGGGAAGACCGCUUCGCCCGCCCUUCACCCUCCUUCCAGGAGGACGCCAACGUCAUCGAAGACUCCUCAAGCGCCGGAAACGCCUCGUCGAACCUCAAGGACGUAGAAGCAGGCGAGCGCGGACGUCGACGUCUCCCCGUCUCCCCUGCGAACCCGGACGCGGCAGGCGUCGUGACGAGCAGCGUGGACGUCGCGGUGAACCAGCCGGUGACGAUGGCGGUCGUGAAGGAGACGACGCUCAGCCCGCUGACGUGGCUCCCGAGCUUCGCGUACCUGACGACGUUCGGGUUCGAGCUCGCGGUGGACGCGAACCUCUCGAACGUGCUGUUCAGCAUGUACCAGAGCAAGACGUUCGGGCAGACCAAGGCCGGGUACAUCGCCGCGAUAUACGGCCUGCUGAACGUAUUCUCGCGCGCGUUCGGUGGCUACUUCGGUGACAUGAUCUACCGUAGGUACGGUGUCCCGGGCAAGAAGUACCUCACGCUCGCCCUCGGUGUCGUCCAAGGCAUCAUGUCCAUCGCUCUCGGCGUCUACAUCGACAGCAGGUCGGACCCGUCCCUCGCAGUGGUCAUCGUCAUCUUCGUCAUCCUCGCCUUGUUCAACGAGGCAGGAAACGGCGCCAACUUCUCGCUCGUCCCCCAUUGCAAUCCGAAUUCGAAUGGAUUGAUGACGGGUAUCGUCGGCGCCCUGGGCAACCUCGGCGGCGUGUUCUUUGCCCUCAUCUUCCGGAUGCAGCCCAAGCCGUACGGGAAGGCAUUCUGGAUCUCUGGCGUCGUUGCAAUCGUUGUCAACUUUCUCCUCAUACCGAUCCGAGUACCUCGGACGUAG